AUGGCCGGGAAGAGGAGCAUUGUCUUGUUACUUAUCUUCUGUGCAAUAGUGGGAAGUGCUUCUGCUACUUCUAAUGUGAGAGCCACAUACCACCUCUACAAUCCGCAAGAUAACAACUGGGACUUGCUUGCAGUAGGAGCCUUCUGCGCAACAUUUGAUGCCAAUCAGCCCUUCGAAUGGCGCAGCAGGUAUGGAUGGACCGCCUUCUGCGGACCUGAAGGCCCUAGCGGAGCGGAGGCCUGCGGAAAAUGCCUACUGGUGACGAACAUGGGGACAGGAGCUCAGGAAAUAGUGAGAAUUAUCGAUCAGUGCAGCAAUGGAGGUUUGGAUUUGGAUGUGAAUGUGUUUUCCCAGAUAGACACUGAUGGAAGAGGCUAUGCACAAGGCGACCUUCUUGUUAACUAUGACUUUGUGGACUGCGGCGACUAAAUCAACCCCAUCUAAUACUUAAUUAGGGUCCAAAUUAAUUA